UUCCAGCCGCUGCAAUUCCGUCGACUUUUCCAUCUUUUUUGUGUUCCCAUCUUUCAUUCAUUCACCUUUAUUCUUUUUCUUCCAUGGUGCCUUCAUCUUCACUGUAACCUAAAAAUCUCCCACUUUUCCGCAAUCAAAACCCAAUGGCCACCAGAAGAUCCGCACCGCUCCUCAAACACCUCCUCACCCGAUCCAAACCCGGAUUCGGAUCCACCGUCCCCGCCUCCCAGCGAUGGGUGACCUACAUGCACCGCCCCGGCGACGGAUCCCCUAGGGCAGUAACCCUAAUCCCCGGCGACGGGAUCGGGCCUCUGGUGACCGGCGCGGUGGAGCAGGUGAUGGAGGCGAUGCACGCGCCGGUGUACUUCGAGAAGUUCGAUGUCCAUGGCACGAUGAAGGCGGUGCCGGCGGAGGUUUUGGAUUCGAUCCGGAAGAACAAGGUGUGUUUGAAGGGAGGGCUUGUUACUCCGAUGGGUGGUGGUGUGAGUUCUCUCAACGUGCAGCUUAGGAAGGAGCUUGAUCUCUACGCUUCUCUUGUUAAUUGCUUCAACUUGCCUGGGUUGCCCACGCGCCAUGACAACGUUGACAUCGUUGUUAUCAGGGAGAAUACUGAAGGGGAAUACUCUGGGCUUGAACAUGAGGUGGUUCCUGGCGUUGUUGAAAGCCUUAAGGUAAUAACAAAGUUCUGUUCGGAGCGCAUUGCUAAGUACGCUUUCGAGUAUGCUUACCUGAAUAACAGAAAGAAAGUGACUGCUGUGCACAAAGCAAAUAUUAUGAAGCUUGCAGAUGGUUUAUUCUUGGAAUCUUGUCGAGAGGUUGCCAAAAAGUAUCCUGGAAUUAAGUAUAAUGAAAUCAUUGUGGAUAACUGCUGCAUGCAGCUUGUUUCCAAGCCCGAGCAGUUUGAUGUCAUGGUGACCCCCAAUCUUUAUGGAAAUCUCGUUGCAAAUACUGCAGCAGGCAUUGCUGGAGGCACAGGAGUCAUGCCAGGAGGUAACGUUGGGGCUGAGCACGCUGUGUUUGAGCAAGGAGCUUCUGCAGGAAAUGUUGGUAGUGAUAAAAUAUUGGAAGAAAAGAUAGCCAACCCAGUUGCGCUUCUUCUCUCAUCAGCUAUGAUGCUUAGGCAUCUCCAGUUUCCUGCAUUUGCUGACCGUUUGGAAACUGCUGUGGAAGGAGUCAUUCUAGAAGGCAAAUACCGGACAAAGGAUCUUGGAGGGACAAGCACCACCCAAGAGGUUGUGGAUGCAGUGGUAGCUGCUUUAGACUGAUUCAUCAUUUAGUUGCUGAUUUUCCAAAUUCAAGUCAGCCUCGUAUAUUCUUUUCUAGCCAAUUUUAUCAACAUUGUUGUGCACCAAUCAAAUUGGAAAUAGCAAUUUUUGGUCCUGAAUAAUGUUCACGCAACACACAAGAGAUGUAUUAUUAUUUUUUUCCUGAAGAAUUUAUAGAGAAAGUGAUAACUGUUUGCCACUCC